AUGAAGUCCAUCCCUUCAAUCCUGGUGGUUGCCGCCAUACCUUCCCUGGCCUCCGGUCAAUCUUUCCAGUCUACCCCGAUUAUGGGCUGGAACUCAUAUAAUCAGGUUUCGUGCAGCCCCACCAACAAAACCAUCACCACAGCUAUUGAGGCUCUCUCCAGCCGUGGUUUCGUCAAUGCUGGCUACAAAUUCUUCCAGAUCGAUUGUGGCUGGGCCUCGCGAGAUGCGCAGCGUGACCCUACCACGGGUGCGUUGAAGAUUGAUUCCGAUGCCUUCCCGGAUGGACUUAAGCCUUUGAGCGACUUGGCCAGGUCCAAGGGAAUGAAGUGGACUAUGUAUUCAGACGCCGGUGUGCGUAUGUGUGAUCCCCAGUACCCAUCACCUGUGCUUGGAUCAUUGGGUCACGAAGCCGUCGAUGCCGCAUUUUUCAAGUCGCUGAACACAGAAUAUUUGAAAUAUGACAACUGCUACGCUGAUAGCGCCAGCAACAAUGCCCCCAAGGAUCCACGAACUGACUUUGUCACUCGUUUCGGCACAAUGUGGAGCGAGUUGCAGAAGGUUGGGAUUCCUGGAAUGCUCAUUUGCCAGUGGGGCGUUCCAUAUUCCUCAUCCAGUGGCCUCGAAGGUCCCGCGGAAUGGACUCAGAACGUAUCCACCUCUUUCCGCCUCUCAGACGAUAUAGCCGAAGGCUGGGGCAAUGUGUAUCGCAUCUCCAACCAAGCCAUCCACAUCGCACAUAGGGGCCUCUCAGGUCCUGGCCACAUCGCCGAUGCUGAUCUUCUCGAGGUUGGUAACUCUGGCAUGACAUUUGACGAACAGGCAACCCAUUUCGCUCUAUGGGCCAUGCUCAAAUCUGCUCUUAUGAUUUCCACGAAUAUCACGGCGCUGUCGGACCAGACCGUGGCUGUUCUUCAGAACAAGGAUUUGAUCUCAAUCAACCAGGACGCAGCCGUUAAGCCCGUCAGCUUGGUGCAGCGAUGGACCAGUGACCGAGACUUGUGGGCGGGACCGCUUGCCAACGGGGAUGUUGCAGUUCUCUAUGUCGAUCAGAGCAAUAGUGCUCGAACCCUCAGCCUCCAGCUCUCUAACCUCGGCUACCAGUCAGCCGACAUCAAGGAUCUGUGGACGGGCAAAACUACCACUGGAGCUUCUUCCUUUUCCAAGCAAGUCAACGGGCAUGGCUCGGUCGCCUUACGUCUCUCAAACAUCAAGAAACUCAGUAGCACCGCCAAUUACAAGUACACUUCUGUAUCUACUGGGUCAUUGUCUUCAGGGGCUAAGACUGCCUCUUGUUCUGGUUGCACCUCCUCAACCAAGGUCGGAAAUGUUGGUGGCAGCGCCAACGGUCAGGUUGUCCUCUCGAACAUCAGCACGUCAAAGGCCACUCAAAACGUUCUAUUUGAUUACAUCAAUGGCGAUGUAGGUUUCAGCUUCACCGGUAGUACCAACGACCGCUUGGCUUCUAUCAAGGUCAAUGGCGGCACUGCGCAGAUUGUGAGCUUUCCACUGACAGGUUACAACUGGGACAAGGAUGUUUACAAGGGCUACGCCGUGGAGCUUUCUGGCUUCAAUACGAGUGGACCGAAUACCAUUACCAUUUCGGGCGUCAAUAGUGGUUGGGCACCUGAUUUUGACAGACUGGCCGUCGUUGCCUAA